AUCCGCGCCUUCAGUUUUUCUUAUGGCUAAAGUGUCCACCGUCGCCACUAGGGCUUUGAUUUGGUCAGUUAUCGUUAUACCGGUUAAUCGUUUAUGGUUAAACUAGUUAAACAACGAUGCGAGUUUCGCGUGUCAAUUGUUGUUUUUUUGUUUUUUAAAUUCUGUCUUCCUCGAUUGUUUCCACGCGGAAUUAUGGGAAAUGAGCUUUAAAAUUUGAAAUGAAAUGAAAACAGAAUAUGAGUGAAAUAAAUAGUGUUAGUGAUCACGCGAAUGAACCGCAGCCAGACCGUAAACGUGUUAGGAAGAGGGGGAAGCUCGGCGAAAAUGGCAUAUCGUUUAGAAGACAAGAUUGUCACACUUCCGACUAUAAUUCCAACCAAAAACGUUUGGAACAUAUGGAAUUUCUGGCAACACAAAUUUCUAGGGAUGUUGAUGCAGAAAUUCUACUGUUCACUUACUUCCCGAACAAGAAAGUUGGAACAUGUGGAAUCAAGCAAUUUGGCAAGAAAACUCAGCAAAUGUGCAAUACUUCUAAACCACUGAAGGAUUUCAACCAAUAUUGGAUGAUGGUGACUUCAAGACUUGAGUGCCUACGCAAUGCUAAAACUGUUCCACCAAAUUUGUUUGAUAUUCAGUAUCGAGGCACAGGCGGUGUUAUCGAUUCUAUUUUUAAUGAACAGGCUGUUGGUGCCAAUAGCAUUGAUAAGGAAUCUGCCACUGGGAUGUUAGAGAAUUAUUCAAAAGGAAAUCCGUCAUUAUUAAAUGUAACGACGUCAGCAAAACAAACACCAACAAACGAAUCAACAAACUUUGUUGUUUGCCAGACAACAGCACCGACUGCCUCCACAGUUGUCGAAGAUGAAACUGCAAUACGUCGAACUACAAAAGCGAAACGUCUCCGUCAGUCCAAAACUUGGAUGACGAAUGAAUCCUUAAGUCUUUCAUCGAAUACCACGCUGUACUCACAAGCUAUAGAGAACCGCCAGGAGCAUAUGGCUUUGCCACUGAAACCCAAGAAAUUGAAAGUUUGCAUUCCGCUACCACUGACAAAGCAAACAUUUCUGCUUUUGGGUAACUGUGUCGUCAUAAAAUAAUAUGGUUACCCAUGGAAUAGUUAUCACAUUUACACCAUUUUUGUAGCCGAAUUUGAUGCGUGGUGCGAAACAACCAGCGAAUCUAUUGUUGAAUCUGUUGCUGAAACUAGUUCGACAACUUCUAGGGCAGUUUUAUCCGGUCAAACGGUCACAGCUUUGCCAGAUAUUAACAUUGAAACACAGGCGAAUUCAGCCUUCCAGCCACCAACACCGCCCACAUCAUUCACUGCCAAAACGUCUGAGCAAAAUACCACAGUUUUCCGCCCUGCUCUACCGAAUACGUUUUCUAAAAACAGAAAACUGCCAGAAAUAAAGAAUAAUCUUCUUCAGCCAGAUCAACUUAUCACUGCUACUGCUGCUGCCGCCAUAAUUAAUCUUCAUGAAAAUGUUUUGAAA